UCUCUUCGUUUCGGGUCUGGUUUCGAUCGUACUGAUGAAAUCCUAUUGGCUCUUUAUUCUCUGCUGUUUGUUGUUCUUUGCGGGGUCUUCCGCUUCUGAGGGAGAUCUACCGGAUUUAGAUUCCAAAGAGAUUGCCAUCUCCAAUCCUUAUGCCGACGGUCUAGAUAGCACAAUGUUUGCUGGGACCAGAUCUAUACUGUCGUUUCCAUCUGCACAUGACACAGGACAAGAGGAUGUCCUUCCAAUCGUUGCUACUCCAGAUGGUACGAUUUAUUCCGUAGACAUUGAAUCUAAAAAGAUACUUUGGUCAUUUAAGUCGGGUCCGCCCAUUCAUUCUUCGUAUCAGGCUUUUCUUAACCACGAUAAGGACAAGGAAAAGGAAAAUGCCUCUGGAUUAAAUUAUGACUUCUUCAUUGAUUCUGGAGAUGACUGGGAGCUGUAUGUGCACCACAGGGGCUCUGGUAAAAAAAUGAGACUUGGGAGAACCCCAGAAGAAUUCGUCGGAAAAACACCAAUUAUAUUAGAUGGAAGCAUCGUUCUUGGAUCAAAGAGAACUACUGUUUUUCUUGUAGAUGCCAAGAAUGGAACUGUGCUUAAAACAUAUGAGAUUGCUCCAUCUACAUUACCAAUGAAGAUUGAUGAAGAGACAAGCCUUGAAUCCAAACAAGAUAUGGAGGAAGGGGUAAAGCCCAUUGCUAUGGAUCCGAAGUCAGUACAUCCACUUUGCAUCACAAGAACUGAUUAUGAAAUUCAGUCUUCUUCGCUUCAAUUUUCGGGUAAGAUCUUGUGGAGUAUGACACUUGCUGAAAUUGGGCUUCUUGAUACUUGUCAAAGAAGUGAGAGUUCAUCUGUUGCUGCUCCGUAUGGUACAAGAACUAGGCUUGGUUUAGAAUAUCAGGGUGAUACUGAGACACGGGGUUCUGUCAUCCGACUUCAUGAUACUAAUUUCUUACAAAACUUUUCUCCAUUUGAUCAACUACCAAAGGCUCCUUUUGAAGGUCUGGUGCCCCCUCAACCUGUUCCUAGCCAUAAAUUUUUAUUGCCAAAGUCCGAUGAUUCACACUGGGCUCCUCAUGAUGUUGAAAAAAACUGUGAAGUGGAGAAAACAUGUCUCACAGUAAUGGGUAGUGCAGAUAGGCACAUGGUGAGCAUGAAUGAUACUGGCAAGCAGGAUGUGGUGAAGUAUUUUGACAAUGUUACUGGUUCACUUGUGCCAUUCAUCACUCUAUCUCUACUUCUUGUACUGUCCAGUGCGGGCUUUGUCAUGUACCAUUCGAGAGUACAAAGUAAGAUGAAUAAGCGGCUGAAGGAUUCCAAAGGGCACACUGUAGGGUCUAAAAAGAAGAAAGCUCGUAAACCAGGAAACUAUAUCAACAAUGAGAAAAAUAGUAAACAUGUCUCAUCUGAAAGUGAUGAUCAAGAAACUGAUGAGCUUCCACACACUGAGGAAAAUGAUAAGAACCCCCUGUGGUCUAUUUCAAAAUUGUCUGAUGGUGGUGUGGAUGGACGUAAGAUUGGGCAGCUAUUCAUAUCCAGCAGGGAAAUUGCUAAGGGAAGCAAUGGUACUGUUGUUCUUGAGGGAAUUUAUAAUGGCCGUCCUGUUGCUGUCAAACGUCUUGUGAAAACCCAUCAUGAUGUGGCUUUUAAAGAGAUUCAAAAUCUUAUUGCAUCUGAUCAGCAUCCAAAUAUUGUUCGAUGGUAUGGAGUGGAGUAUGAUCAAGAUUUUGUCUAUCUUUCUCUGGAGCGUUGUACUUGUAGUUUAAGUGAUUUGAUUCAAACAUACUCAGAUUCUUCUCCAAAUUCUACAUUUAAUAAGGAUCAGGCAACAAACUCAAUGACUGAGUAUAAUGUUCGGUUGGAUUCAGCAAUAGGACUUAGCAAGGAUAUUGAAUUGUGGAAGAGGAAUUGGUAUCCUUCACCCCAACUGCUAAAACUUAUGAGGGAUGUGGUUUGUGGCCUAGCACAUUUGCAUGAACUGGGAAUCAUUCAUAGAGACUUGAAACCUCAAAAUGUGUUGAUCAUAAAGGAUCGAUCAUUAUGUGCAAAACUUUCUGACAUGGGUAUUAGCAGGCGCCUUAUUGGGGAUAUGUCUUCCUUGGGUCACAGUGCUACUGGUAGUGGUAGUUCAGGUUGGCAAGCACCUGAACAGCUCCUUCAUGGACGCCAAACACGUGCAGUAGAUUUAUUUAGUUUAGGCUGUGUCCUCUUCUUUUGCAUCACUGGAGGUAGACAUCCAUUUGGUGACCAUCUUGAACGUGAUAUAAAUAUUGUGAAGAACAAGAUGGAUCUUUUCCUGGUAGAGCAUAUUCCUGAAGCUACGGAUCUUCUCCUUCAGCUGUUAAACCCCGAUCCAUUAUUUAGGCCCAAGGCGAUGGAGAUAUUGUGCCAUCCUUUGUUUUGGAAUUCUGAGAAACGGCUCUCAUUUCUUCGAGACACCAGUGACAGGAUAGAAAUAGAAGAUAGAGGAAUUGAAUCUGAACUACUAAACGCAUUAGAAAGUGUUGCACCUGUUGCUUUGGGUGGGAAAUGGGAUGAAAAGAUGGAAGCUGCAUUCAUCAAUAAUAUUGGCCGUUACAGGCGAUAUAAGUUUGGUAGUACUCGUGAUCUAUUACGGGUCAUGCGAAACAAGUUGAAUCAUUAUGGAGAACUUCCAAAACAAAUUCAGGAAAUUCUUGGACCAGUUCCCGAAGGAUUUGAUGGUUAUUUUUCAUGUCGAUUCCCCAAACUCUUAAUUGAGGUAUAUAAAGUUAUAUGCACAUACUGCAGGGAAGAGGAAUGCUUUUCAAAGUAUUUUAAAGAUAGUUUGUUCUAAUUUUAGCCUGCUUCUUCUAGUUGUCAUAAAGUGCCCUGACGUACUGAGAUGUUCCACUUGUAAGUUUCUUAACAAUGUAGGCACCCUGUAUUUAACUAUUUAUUGUUUAUGUAAACUGUAAAUAAUAAAUGUAAUUGUAUUGUUAUGUGAAUUACUCUUAAUUAAUCUGAAUGUUCAUUUUACU